GGCUGGGCCAGUUUAGAAUUACAAGUGCCACAGGGGAGUUGGAACCACACUUCAAAUAGCCAGCACCUUCCCCUUCCCCCUUAGAUAAUUCUCCUCGCCGUGCCUGGACAUCUGGCAGCAACUGCAAGAAGGUGGGAUGGAUAGCCGGGUCUCGGGCACGGCCAGUAAUGGAGAGACAAAACCCGUGUACCCUGUCGUGGAAAAGGCAGAGGAAGAUGGCACCCUGGAACGCGGGCACUGGAACAACAAGAUGGAGUUUGUGCUGUCAGUGGCCGGGGAGAUCAUUGGCUUAGGCAACGUCUGGAGGUUUCCCUAUCUCUGCUACAAAAACGGGGGAGGUGCUUUUUUCAUCCCCUACCUCAUCUUCCUUUUCACCUGUGGCAUUCCUAUCUUCCUUUUGGAGACAGCACUGGGCCAGUACACUAGCCAGGGAGGCAUCACAGCUUGGAGGAAGAUCUGCCCCAUCUUUGAGGGCAUCGGCUAUGCCUCCCAGAUGAUCCUCAUCCUCCUCAAUGCCUACUACAUCAUUGUUCUGGCCUGGGCCCUCUUCUACCUCUUUAGCAGCUUCACCAUCGACCUUCCCUGGGGAAGCUGCCGCCAUGAGUGGAAUACAGAACACUGUGUGGAGUUCCAGAGGACCAAUGGCUCCCUGAACGUGACCUCUGAGAACGCCACCUCUCCUGUCAUCGAGUUCUGGGAGAGGCGGGUCCUGAAGAUCUCCGAUGGCAUCCAGCACCUGGGGGCGCUGCGCUGGGAACUGGCCAUAUGCCUCCUGCUUGCCUGGGUCAUCUGCUACUUCUGCAUCUGGAAGGGGGUCAAGUCCACGGGCAAGGUGGUGUACUUCACAGCCACGUUCCCUUACCUCAUGCUGGUGGUCCUGCUAAUUCGAGGGGUGACACUGCCCGGGGCAGCCCAAGGGAUUCAGUUUUACCUGUAUCCAAACCUCACACGUCUGUGGGAUCCCCAGGUGUGGAUGGACGCGGGCACCCAGAUCUUCUUCUCCUUCGCCAUCUGUGUAGGGUGCCUGACAGCCCUGAGCAGCUACAACAAGUACCACAACAACUGCUACAGGGACUGCAUGGCCCUCUGCUUCCUCAACAGCGGCACCAGCUUUGUGGCCGGGUUUGCCAUCUUCUCCAUCCUGGGCUUCAUGUCCCAAGAGCAGGGGGUGCCCAUCUCUGAGGUGGCCGAGUCAGGCCCUGGCCUGGCUUUCAUCGCCUACCCCCGGGCUGUGGUGAUGCUGCCCUUCUCUCCUCUCUGGGCCUGCUGCUUCUUCUUCAUGAUCAUCCUCCUGGGACUGGAUAGUCAGUUUGUGUGCGUAGAGAGCCUGGUGACGGCGCUGGUGGACUUGUACCCCCAUGUGUUACGCAAGAAGAACCGGAGGGAGGUCCUCAUCCUUGGAGUGUCUGUCAUCUCCUUCCUUGUUGGGCUGGUCAUGGUCACAGAGGGCGGUAUGUAUGUGUUUCAGCUCUUUGAUAACUACGCAGCCAGUGGCAUGUGCCUCCUGUUCGUGGCCAUCUUUGAGUCCCUCUGUGUGGCUUGGGUCUAUGGAGCUGGGCGCUUCUAUGACAACAUUGAAGAUAUGAUCGGGUACAGGCCCUGGCCUCUUAUCAAAUACUGUUGGCUCUUCCUCACACCAGCUGUGUGCAUAGCCACCUUCCUCUUCUCCUUGAUCAAGUACACCCCGCUGACCUACAACAAGAAGUACACGUACCCCUGGUGGGGGGAUGCCUUGGGCUGGCUCCUGGCUCUGUCCUCCAUGGUCUGCAUUCCUGCCUGGAGCUUCUACAAACUCAGCACCCUCAAGGGCUCCUUCAGAGAGAGAAUUCACCAGCUCGUGUGCCCAGCUGAGGAACUGACCCAGCGGAACCAAGCAGGACCCUCUGCCCCUGCCACACCCAGGACAUCACUUCUCAGACUCACAGAACUAGAGUCUCACUGCUAGGGGGCAGGCCCUUGGACAGUGCCUGUGGGCCUGGCCCUGGGGACAGCAGCAGAAGGGGAGGGCAGGAGCAGUCCCUCUGUGCUUCUGUCUCCCCCCUGUCUUAUCUAUCUUUUGGAAGGGGCAUUUGGAAUCCACCUUCUGAGCUGGGUGCCUCUCACUCCAACGUCCCUGCCCCAGGGAUGGCUAAGCAGGCUUGAGAUGCCAGUAUCCACAGCAUGCCCUUUGAGGUGGGCUUGGGAAGAUGGGUGAGGACUGGUGGGUGGGUUGAGAGGUCUGUUUGGCUUCUGAGCCCUCUGAUCCUUUAUUCCAUUAAAUCCAAGUUCUUCCCACUGA